AGAAAACAAAAACAGAGAGAGAUUUGAUUUUGGCUUUCCUUCAUCUUCUAUGUUUCAGCUCACCAACAAAAUAAUAAACAAAACACCUACUGCGCCUUCUUCACUACUAAUCCAAUCACUUCUUUUUUUAUCUUUUUCAAGAAAAAAUAGAAACCCAACGAAAUAAAAAAAAAAAAAGGUGUGUUUUGUGAUUGCGGAAAUCAAGAGGGGAUUGUUUUACACGUGGUAGUAAUUGAUUGGAGGAGGUAGGGGAAAUGCCGGAGGAGGAUAUGGUUGAUAUAAAGUUCAGGCUUUACGACGGGUCAGAUAUCGGGCCCUUCCGGUGCUCAUCAUCAACAUCUACUGUUGAUAUGCUCAAGCAGCGAAUUGUUUCUGAUUGGCCCAGAGGCAAAACUAUCACUCCCAAGGUAGUGAAUGAAAUCAAGCUGAUAAGCUCUGGUAAGGUUUUGGACAACAACAAGACUGUUGGACAAUGCAGAACACCUUUUGGGGAAGUGGCCGGGGGAGUUAUCAUAAUGCAUGUUGUUGUACAGCCCUCUCUAGCAAAAACCAAAACAGAAAAGAAGAUUGAUAAUUCACCGAAGCAAAUUGCGUGCUCAUGUUCCAUAAUGUGAAGGCAAGUACAUAGAUACUUGGGGAAUUGUGCCCUCGGUACCAACACUUUAGGUACAGCAGUUGUUUUCGUUGAGCAUCCUGUGUUUUGUUGUCGCCAUAUUCACGUGUAUUUGUAAAAGCGUCCGGUGGUGAUGUGUUUCUUCCCAUGUUCCUUUCUUCUGUUUUUUCUUGGUUUGUUCUUUAAAGGUGAAGAUCCGUACCAGUAAUAGAAAGUUGUAUACACCCAUUGAUGUAAAAUCAAGAACCUUUAUCAUAUAUCAAAGAGAAAUACUUCUGUGUUAA